AUGUCAAGUAAUUCAAGUUCACCUUGUUCGAAAAAGUCAAAAGCAAAGGAAAGACAACCCGAUCUUCGUGAAUUAUUGUUUAAAAGAAUGAAAUCCCAACAAACAUCUAACGAAGGCAAUGAAUCUUCCCCCUUAAGUUCCCCUCUAAGUCCUCCUUUAAGUUCCCCUCCAAGUGAAGAUGUUAAUAUGGAAGUAGGUGGUUCAAGUAGUUGUGAUGAACCAUUGGAUGAUGAAUGGGUGUAUGAUGUUGAACUUCUUCCUCAUGACCCGGGAUUGAGGAAAAACAUAAUGGAUUAUCCCCUAAUGAAAGAAAUCCGGUUAGGAGAGCAUAUAUUCUUAAAAAACCUUGCCAACCAAAAACACAUGAUUUCCCUCAAACAAAUAUCUCCGAGGGAUGUUGAAAUUAACAAGGGGGGUGAUGCAUUUGUUGUUGGAGGGUUUAGAGCGUGGAAUAAACCUGAGAGGCUUGAGAAGCAUGUUGGAGGAAUUAAAAGUGCUCAUAAUAUUGCUCAUAAUAUUGCUUAUGAGAAAUAUGUGAAUCUUAGAGAUGCAAAGAAGACAUCAAUUGAAUUUGUAUUUGAUAAUGCGAGUGAGGUUCAAAUGAAUGAAUAUCAUAUUCGUUUGGCAUUCCGGGGACAUGAUGAAAGUGAGAAGUCAUAUAGUAGAGAGACUACUAGGCGCAUAAUAGAAGAGGUUGGUGAUGGUUACUUUUCUAUUUUGGCCGAUGAAUCAAGUGAUGUGUCUCAAAAAGAACAACUAGCUCUUGUUUUGCGGUUUGUUAAUAGAGAAAAUGAAUCGGUAGUGGAACGCUUUUUAGGCAUUCUACAUGUGGGUGAUACUACCGCUUUGUCUCUUAAAAAUGCCAUUAUGUCCUUGCUUAUGGAACAUUCAUUGAGUUCUUCCAUGAUAAGAGGUCAAGGGUAUGAUGGGGCAAGUAACAUGAGGGGUGAAAUCAAUGGCCUCAAGACUUUGAUUAUGAAUGAUACUCCAAGAGCCUAUUACAUUCAUUGUUUUGCUCAUCAACUUCAACUAACUCUAGUUGCGGUUGCUAAAAAGAAUGUUAAUUGUACUUGGCUUUUUGACGUACUUGCAAACUUGUUAAAUGUGGUGGGAGCUUCGUGUAAGAGAAGAGACCUUAUUCGAAAAAACCAAGCUCAAGUAGUGGCUCAAGCUUUGGAAGUGGGGGAAAUUGAAAGUGGAUCGGGUUUGAAUCAAGAACGUGGUUUGAGUAGGUCGGGAGAUACAUGUUGGGGAUCUCAUUACAAGUGUCUAAUAAGUAUCAUCAACUUGUUUCCUUCAAUUGUUAAAGUGCUUGAGGAGAUUGGAGAAAAUGGCUCUCCGGAUGAUAAGCUCAAAGCUCAAGUUGUUUUAGGAUCUUUGGAGUCCUUUGAUUUUAUUUUUAUGACUCAUUUCAUGUUGACUAUUUUUGGCUACACUAAUGAUUUAUGUGUUGCUUUACAAAGAAAGGAACAAGAUAUUGUGAAUGCCAUUAGCCUUGUUAAAAGUACAACGAAUGUGUUGCAAAAGAUGAGGGAUCAAGGAUAG